UUUAUUUCUGUGUGUGUAAUUUGUUGAGAUAGAACGAGAAAAACAUUCGCAGCAAAACAACAAAGACGACGCAAACCAAACGAAUUUAACUUUACGAAAUCCAAUCAAAUCGAUUCGCAUUGCUCAUCAGCCUGCGUAGAUUUGUAUUUUUUGUGUGCUCCAGCGGUGGAACACAACAUUUAGAUACAGCGAAAAAAAAUACAAAAAUAUCCAAAGGCCAGUGAAAGUGUAACGAGAUAAAUAGAUACAAUCAGCAAAAAAAAAACGAAGAAAAUAAUCCAGCAACAAUGACCACAUAUCAGAUGAACUUCAACCAGGACUUUACCUCCCUCUCCGUACUGAGUCCCACUGGCCUGCGCCUGUACUCGAUUGCCAGCCAGGACAAGGUGGAGGAGAUCUUCGCCAAGGACAACACGGAGCAGAUCCGGAUAGUGGAGCGACUGUUCAACAGCUCGCUGGUGGUGCUGGUCACCGCCCAGAAGCCCAACUGCCUCAAGAUGCUGCACUUCAAGAAGAAGCAGGACAUCUGCAACUGCUUCUACCCCUCGGAGAUCCUGUGCGUCCGCAUGAACCGGCAACGGCUGAUCGUCUGCCUGGCGGAGAGUAUACACAUCCACGACAUCCGCGACAUGAAGAUCCUGCACUCCAUCGAGAACAUUGCGCCGAAUGAGCAGGGCCUGUGUGCCCUCUCCCUCAACUCCCACUUGGCCUUUCCCGUCUGCCAAACCAGCGGUGAGCUGCGCAUCUUCAAUGCCAGCAAGCUGCGCACGGGCAUGACCAUCAGGGCCCACGACACGCCCCUCUCCGCCCUGGCCUUCUCGCCCAGCGGCUCCCUGCUGGCCACCGCCUCCGAGCGGGGCACUGUCAUCCGGGUCUUUUGCGUCAAGAAUGGCCAGAGGGUGCAGGAGUUCCGCCGGGGAGUCAGCUGCGUCCGCAUUGCCUCCUUGGUCUUCUCGGCCAGCGGUGACUUCCUGUGCGCCUCCUCCAACACGGAGACGGUCCAUGUCUUCAAGAUUGAUGGGCGGGCAGUGGAGGCGGCCGAGCUGAAGGCGAUAGCGGAUGUGGCAGCCAAGUCUGAAGGCUCCGCCAAGGAAUCAGUGGCUGCCACAGCAGCUGCGGAGGAGCCUGCGCCCGUCGCCAGCUGGGGCGGCAUCUUUUCCAAGGCGGUGUCCUCGCUGCUGUUGCCCACGCAAGUCAGCGAAGUUUUGGCUCAGGAUCGAUCCUUUGCCACAGUGCAGCUGGCCCAGGGUGGCCUGAAGCACAUUUGCGCCCUGACCCGCGUCCAGAAGGAGCUGCGUCUACUGAUUGCCUGCGAGGAUGGCUUCCUCUACGUGCACGAGUUCCUGGCGGAUCGAGGUGGGGCCUGCAAACUGUUGUCUGUCCACGAUUUGCGCGGUGCCCUGGAGGACAUCAUUGAGUUGCAGCUGAGUGAAAGUGUGCUGAGGUCUCAGAUCAAGUCGACAAAUCCCACGAUUAUGACGCAGCCCUCGCUGACGAUGCUGAAGAGCUGUGCGGCCAGUGUGCUCAUCGAGAAUCCGGAUCCGAUGCAGGACAACAGCUAUGCGAGCAUUCUGAAGGGUGAUCAGGCAGAUGCCAUGUCAGAUUCUGCCAAGUUUCGUAAGCUCUGCGAUGCCAUCGACACUCCAACGAAGCUCUACGAUGAGCGACAGUUUCCGCCCGUGGCCAUUGCCGCCAAGGAUUGACUACGCCGUCGCAGCCACAUUGAUAUGGUCAUAGUUGAUAAACACCAGAUACAUUAGCUAUUUUAGUAAAUUCCCCAAGGAACCAACCUUAGAAAAAUACCCUCAAAGAAAAGUUAUGACAUAUGUACCCUAAGUUCUAAAUGGAAGCAAAAAUACUCUAAAAAAAAGUAUUUCAAUUAAUAUAAUAUAAUUUAAUUACUUUUAAUUUUUUUCCAAAGCUGUAUAUAUGAAAGAAAGUAUCUGAAACAAUAACAAUUAUUUUUCUCAUCCUGAUAAUUUAUUUUUGUCCUAAUGUCUAACCGGAUUAUAUCCUAUGCAAUUACUCAAACUCUGUAUUUUUGUAUUAUACCAACUUAGGCAUAAGUAUAUAAUAAUAGUUAAGAAUAAAAGAAUGUAUAAAAAUUGCGAAAGACGCUAAAAAAAAAAACAAACAAAGAACGGAAACGAAGAAAAGCAACAAAUAAUGUACCUUAAAGUGGAGAGAAAUAACAAACGUAUUCAAUUAGCUUUGCAAAAAAAAUUAAUAAUAUUAUGGAAAAAUAUCGUAAAUAUUAUAAAUAUUUAAAG